CUCGAAACCCACCCGCUAACACAACGCCUCCGCGCCUCAAAAACCUACACAGAGACCCGCCCCCACCUCUCGAUGCACCAGACGCACCGCGCAAACCACUUCGUAGCGGGUACCCUGUCGGGCGCGAACAAGGUGACCGUGCCGCCGUACGUGUUCACGCGGAUGAAGUGCGGUAGCAGCCCUACUUCCCAAUUCUCAUCCCAGACCACAACUCAGACCACCGGCGCAAGCCAAACCCAAGGCCAAGCGGAGACAAUCUCCCUCUUCCACCUAGGCAGCACGCUCAACGGACACCCGGGGUACGUGCACGGCGGCCUACUGACUGUGAUGUUCGAUGAGACGUUCGCGCGGUGCGUGGCGGGCUCGUUUGGGAGCGGGGUGGGGAUGACGGCGAAUCUGAGUGUGGAUUUCCGGGCACCGGCGCGGCCGGAUUCCGUUUAUGUGCUGCGGGCGGAGACGGUGCGGGUUGAGGGGCGGAAGGCUUGGGUGCAGGGGUCUUUGAGGGUUCUGUCUCCUUCACAGAAGAAGGAAGGGCAAGGGGAGAUGGAGGAGGAGGAGGGCACCUUGGUGGCGGAGGCGAGGGCGUUGUUUGUUGAGCCUAAGUUUGCGCAGUCAAUGGUGCCGUUGUAUCGGAAUUGA